UAUAGUUUGUGGAGUUUGGAUAUUUUGUGAAGUUUUUCGAUAAUUCUUAUCUGUCGGAUCGAUUCGGUGCAAUGGUGUAAUCGUAAAGGGAAGUUGGAAGUACAGCUCGAUCAGGUGUCGAGCAAAAUCACGAACAAUCAACGAAGAAGAGAAGCAAUUCCAGAACAAGAACAAGAAUCAUGUCUAGUUCCGAUCCGGACAAGCUAAUGAUCAAAGCCGAUAAAUUAACAAAACUCAGUAUGACAAGAUGGAGUGCUGAUUGGAAAGGUGCUACUGUCCUCUAUGAGCAGGCUGCGAAUGCGUACAGGGUUCGAAAUAACCAUGAGAAAGCAAAGAUUGCAUUUGAAAAAGCUUCAAAAGGGCAAGAGAUGCUCUCCUCACCCUGGGAUGCUGCUAAGCAUAUGGAAUCUGCUGGUGCUCUCGCAAAGGAACUUGGUAACUUAACUGAAGUUGCUGACUUUUAUAGAAGAGCAUCAGAGUUGUAUAUUUUGUGUGGAAGAUCUCAACCUGCAUCUGAUGCUUUAUCAAAGGGUGCUCAUGCUUUGGAAGAUGGCAAGCCAGAUGAAGCUAUUACAUUAUACACUGAUGCCUGUACACUUCUGGAAGAGGAUGGCAGAGAACAAAUGGCCUUUGAUUUAUAUCGUGAUGCCACAAGUGUUUUUGUAAAAUUAGAGAAAUAUUCGGAUGCUGCAGAAUUGCUGUUACGAUGGGGUUUGGCAGCCGAUAAAUGCAAUGCCGUACACAGCCAAGGCAAGGCAUAUCUUAGUGCCAUCAUUGUUUACCUAUACGCCCAUGACUUCAAACAAGCUGAGAAGUGCUACAAUGACUGUUCACAAGUUGAUACUUUUUUGAGAACUGACCAAUACCGUGCUGCUAGUAAGCUAAUAUCUGCUUAUAUCGAAGGUGAUGUUGAGGAAAUCAAGCGUGUGGCACAGUCAAGCACUAUUUCUCAUCUUGAUCAUGUGAUUAUCAGGCUUGCUAGAAAACUGCCUACAGGUGAUGUGAGUGCACUGAAGACCGAUGCAACAGAAGAGCAUGGAGAACCAUUGGAUGAAAAUGACCUCACAUGAUCUUUGGAAUCAUAAACUGCUACAUAUUUUCAGAACUUUGUUUUAAAAGAUAAUGGUUUCAUCUUGCAAUUAUAGAGUGUAAUUACUUUCUAAGAAAUUUGCAUGAAAAAUUUAUACCGUGCGUGGAUUUAUGUAGAAAAGCAAAUGAAAGCCAUUCAACAGCUGGAGUUCUAUUUGCCAAUUGUUUACCUUAGCCUUUGGGACUCGUGUACAUAAUAAAAAACAUGGAGAAGAGAAUGGUUAAUUCA